AUGGCUGACGCUCUUAUUGGUGUUACCAUUCAGAUCAUGUUGCAGAAGACACUUUCACUUGCCACAGAUGGCAUUGGAAGGGCUUUUGGGUUCAAGGAGGAGUUGGAGAGCAUGAAGGAAUCUCUUGCCAUGAUUCGAGCAGUGGUAGCUGAUGCAGAGGAAACGCAAGGACACGAUCAGGCUGUGAAUCUGUGGCUGAAGAGGCUUGAAGGAGUGGCUUUUGAUGCUGAUAAUGUGUUGGAUGAGCUCAACUAUGAAUUUAUCAGGAGACAACUGAAGGGAAAGUUGGCUCCUCUUCCUCUCCCUGCUACUAGUCGGGAGACUGACUCUAUCGUUCGUCAAAAUGUUUUUGGAAGGGCCAAUGAUGCAUCCAGAAUGGUGGAGACAUUGUUGAGCUCAUCUGAAAAAGUUGUUUCUGUUGUUCCCAUAACAGGCAUGGGGGGGUUGGGGAAAACAACUUUGGCUCAGUUAGUGUACAAUGAUCCAAAAAUUCGUGGACAUUUUGAUAAAAAGAUGUGGAUUUGUGUGUCUGAGAAUUUCGAAGUUACUAGGCUAUUCAAACUGAUCUUGGAAUCAUUAACAAAGCAGAAAGUUAAAACUCAAAGCAGGGACGUUAUAGCUCAAGAUAUUCGGAAAGAACUAGAAGAAAAGAAAUAUCUUCUUGUGCUUGAUGACAUUUGGGAUGAGAGAUCUCAACUCUAG